AUGAAAAAAUUACUGACAUUUUGUAUGAGCUGCCUUAAUUCAGAAACAGAAGAAAGCCAAAAUUUAUCACAUAAUAAAAGUACAUCAAUUUCUGAGCUAGUAAAUCAUAAGAUUGGUGAUCCUGAAUUCAAUAAAUCUAAUGACCAAAAACCAGAUGUAAAGACUGUUCCUCAAGAGAUUGUUGAACAGCCUACUCAGAUUGCCAACCAAAAUAGUCCACAAUCAACUAUUAGAAAAGAGAGUGCAAUUAAAAAAAGCGAAAAUAAAAAGAAACAUAAAAAUAAAUCGAAAAUAAAAAAGAAAAAGAAUCAUGUAGAUAGUAAAAAAGAUAUUGCCGAUAAUCCUCCACAAUGAAAGCUCAAUAGAUCAAUGACAAAUCCGGUUAGCGUGAUUGAAAAUGAAUCUAAAAUGCCUGGCAGAAGACAAAAUAGGGUAGCGACUGAAGUUUUUAAAGAUUAUGUUUUUCCUAGGAUUAACAUCAAAAAAAAGUAA